AUGUCAGAGAUUAGACUUACGUCAAAUCCAACUGGUUCUGUAGUUGUUCAAGGUGUUUACAUUGAAAUUCACAUUGAGAUUGACAUUCAUGUUCAUAUUAACGUUGACAUUGACGUUGACAUUCAAAUUUACGUUGAAUUUCACAUUAACGUUGAUGUUCACAUUAACGUUUAUGUUGACGUUGACGUUUACGGUCACAUUGAUAUUGAUGUUCAUGUUUAUAUUGACAUUGACAUUAACAUUGAUGUUCACAUUAACAUUCACAUUAAUGUUGAAGUUUACGUACACAUUGAUGUUCAUGUUUACAUUCAUUUUCACGCUCACACUGAUGUACACGUUAACGUUCACGCUGAUGUUUACAUUCACGUUGAUGUUAACAUUGAUGUUGACAUUCAGGUUGAUGGGGACAUUGACAUUGACGUUCACGCAGAUGUUUACUUUGACAUUUCUUCUUACAUUUAUGUUGAUGUUGAUGCUCAUAUUUACAUUCACUUUAAUGUUCACCUUCACGUUGAUAUUAACAUUAACAUUGAUGUACACAUUGACAUGCACGUUUUUAUUAAGAUUGACGAUGUUGAUGUUAACGUUCCGGUGUAUGUUGAUGUUCGCGUUGAUGUUGACAUUCACGUUGACGUAGACGUUAACAUCUACGUUAAUGUUGACGUUGAUGCGUACGUUUAUGGUCAUAUUGACAUUGACAUUCACGUUUACGUUUGCAUUGACGUGCAUGUUUACGUUUACUUUCACGUUCACACUGACCUUCAUGUUGAUGUUUACAAUUACGUUGAUCAUGACGUUCAUGUUUACGUUAAUGUUAACAUUGACUUUCACAUUCACGUUGAUGUUGACGUUGGCAUUGACAUAUACAGUGAUGUUCACUUUGACGUUUAA